AUGGAAUUAUCUAAUUCCUGCAUUGCAUUUCUUGCCAUCUCCAUUAUAUUCAUCUUGAACUUAUUCAUAAGAAAACGGGCAUUGCAGAAAAAGCAACCUCCAAGCCCACCUUCACUUCCUCUCAUAGGCCACCUUCAUCUUCUGAAAGAACCACUCAAUCAGACCCUACAAUCACUUUGCACCAAGUAUGGUGACAUCUUGCUUCUCCGGCUAGGUGUCCGUAAGGUCCUUAUUGUCACCUCACCUUCAGCAGCCGAAGAAUGCUUCACCAAGAAUGAUAUUAUAUUCGCUAACCGUCCAAAAACCAUGUCGUCCAAACACUUCAGCUACAAUUACACCACCAUCAGUGUAGCCCCUUAUGGAGAUCAUUGGCGCAACCUUCGCCGUUUAGCAGCACUGGAGAUAUUCUCUCCAGCUCGAAUGGCCUCGUUUGCCAGCACGCGAGGGAAGGAACUAAUGCUGCUGCUAAGUGAACUGAUGCAAAAGUGUAGUGUUGGUGGAGGAUCAGCAAAGGUGGACUUGACUUCCGUGUCUGCUGAGAUUACCUUCAAUAUCCUGUCCAUGACAUUGGCUGGAAAGAGAUAUUAUGGAGAGAAUGCGGCGGAUGAUGAAGAGGCUAGGAAGACAAAGCUUCUGAUAAAGGAGAUGCUUGUGAAUAGUGUAAGGUCAAAUCUGGGGGAUUAUUUGCCUAUCUUGAGGUGGAUUAAUUAUAAGGGAGUGGAGCAAAAGUUCUCAACUUUGAUGAAAAGGGUUGACAAAUUUAUACAGGAUUUGGUAGAUGAACGUAGGCUACGUUUAUCAUCUACCAGUUCUAUAAAUGUGAGCCGUGGACAGGCAGAGAAGACCACCAUGAUUGAUCACUUGCUCUCCUUGCAAAAAGAGGAACCUGGAUACUAUACAGAUCAGCUCAUAAAAGGAAUUGUAAUGAUACAGUAUCAAUAA